UUUCUGUUCUUAACUUACUGUCACUAGCUUCACUUAGGCACUUUCACUAGUUUUACUUCUAAGUCUUAAUGUAAUAAAAACAACAAAACCCCAUUAUUUUUCUGCUAUAUAAACACUCCUUACAUUCUAAUCUCUCUCAUUCUUGACAUCAAUCACACUUUUUCUCUCUGAGUUUCUCUGUGCAGGAAUUUGAAGAUUCUAUCAAUGGAGAAGACCAUGAUGUUCAUUGUCUGUAGCACACUAGUGCUUUUAUGUUCUACAUCAGCAUAUGCACAGAAGGGUAAAUCUCCUCCAUCACCCCCGAUAUCUUUGACCCCAACUCCUGCACCAGCACCUGCACCAGAACAUGUAAACCUUACUGAGUUACUGUCUGUUGCUGGUCCAUUCCAUACUUUCCUCGAUUAUCUUGUGUCAACUAAAGUUAUAGAAACCCUUCAAAACCAAGCUAACGAUACAGAGGAAGGACUUACUUUGUUCGUACCCAAGGACAAGGCGUUUUCGUCUCUUAAAACUCCUUCUCUAUCCAACCUAACUGCAGCCCAGCUCAAGUCACUCUGUCUUUUUCAUGCCUUGCCACAUUACUACUCACUAGCGGAUUUCAAGAACCUUAGCCAAGCCAGCCCAAUUAUGACAUUCGCUGGUGGUGCAUACACUUUGAAUUUUACUGAUAAUUCCGGAAGUAUUCUCGUUGGUUCCGGAUGGACAAACACAAAAGUCAGUAGCAGUGUGCAUUCAACUGAUCCUGUCGCAGUUUAUCAGGUUGAUAAGGUGCUUCUUCCUGAAGCAAUUUUCGGCACAGAUAUACCUCCAAUGCCUGCUCCAGCACCAGCUCCAGAAGUAGACUCAGCCGCUCCUGCAGAUGCUCCAGAUGCAGAUAGUAAACAUGCAUCAUCAGAAUCAAGUUCAACUCCGUCAUCUUCUUACAGGAUUAUAAGCUUCAGUACCCGGAGUUUCUUGGUUUUGGCUUUCUCCAGUGGAAUGGCCUUACUCUUGUAAGAAAGAAUCUGUUCAGUGCCCUAAAUUAUAUGAAGAGGAUUACAACCAUUCGAUUCUUUUUCUUUAUUUCAAGCCAUUUUUUGAAUUCUAUGAUGUAUUUUUACCAUGUAUGAGAUUCAUUAUGUUAUAAAUUUCAGUCUUUUUUAU